AUGGCAGCAAUAACCAAUCAGGAUGCUCCUUAUCAUCGGUUGGUAGAGGAGCAGAGAACUUAUUAUUUUACGGGGAUCACUACUAAACUGGAACACCGCCGGAGGCAGCUUCUAAACCUCAAGCGGCUUCUAAAUGAGGAGGGUGAUAUUCUUACCAAAGCUGUGUACAACGAUCUUAGACGAUCACCAAAAUUAACACAUAGCAUGGAAUUGAGUCUGGUUUUCGUUGAGAUCGAUUAUAUGCUAGAUAAUUUGAAAGAAUGGAGUUCACCUGAACCAGUCAAGAAAACUUUCCUGUCACUUAUAGACACUGUAGCCAUCAUCAAGGAACCACUGGGUGUGGUCCUUAUCAUUGCUCCGUGGAACUACCCUUUGGCCCUUGUUUUAUUACCUUUAGUUGCAGCUGUAGCUGCCGGUAACACGGUAAUAGUGAAACCAUCCGAAUAUGCACCUUUUACUUCCUCAGCUUUACAUGAUCUUUUUUCACACUUUUUUGAUUCGCGGUUUUUGGCGUUUGUGAAUGGUGGCGUUGCUCAAACAACGAAUCUCUUAAAGGAGAAGUUUGAUCAUAUCUUGUAUACAGGAAAUUCACAUGUUGCAAAGGUUAUUAUGACAGCAGCUGCUCAGCAUCUUACACCAGUCACACUUGAACUGGGCGGAAAAAGCCCAGUAAUUGUGGAAGAGGAUAUAAAUUUGGAAGUAAGCUCUCGACGGAUUGUGUGGGGGAAGUGGACUAAUUGUGGACAAACCUGUAUUGCACCGGAUUAUGUUCUCGUUAUGGAAACACUGAAAACAACACUAGUAAAUGAAAUCAUCCAACGAUUAAAAGAGUUUUAUGGUUCGGAGCCCGAAAAAAGCGACGAUUACAGCCGAAUCAUCAAUGAGAAACACUUUGAUAGAUUAUCCAGUUUGCUUGCACGUAGCAAUGGACAAAUUUUGUACAAAGGUGGUGAGCUUAAUCGCAAUGACUUAUUUAUUCCUCCAAUUAUAAUUGCUGUUUCUGCGGAUGAUGUAUUAAUGGAGGAUGAAAUAUUUGGACCCAUCUUACCGAUUGUUACUACCAAUGGUUUCGAUGAGGCAGUCAGCUUUGUUCGAUCCAGAGAAAAGCCACUUACUGUCUAUCUUUUUACUAGGUCUGAAAAGAAAGUGCGACAGCUGUGUGCGGAAACUUCAAGUGGUUCCGUGACUGUGAAUGAUGUUACAUUUCAAUUUAUCAUUGAUACGCUUCCAUUUGGCGGUGUAGGCCAAAGUGGUAUGGGUAAAUAUCGCGGAAAAUUUGGCUUUGAUACAUUCAGUAACCAUAAAGCAUUGUUAAUAAGGGGUUUCUUUGCUGAUGCUUUGUUUGCCAUGCGAUAUCCACCAUUUACGGACAAAAAAUUCAAAUACCUUAAAUUGCUAAUAGAACGGAGACGUCCAUUACCCAGUUCACUUCCUAAUUGGCUCAUUCGUAUUUCAUUUCUCGUUGCCGGUAUUGUCUUUGGUGCCAUUUUGCAGCGGUAUGGAAUUUCCAGUAUAAAUGAUGGAUCUCUCUGA